CAACAGCAGCCGCAGCCGCAGCAGCAGCAGCACGUCGUGGCUAGAAAGAAGCGCUGCAUGCAGCAGCAACAGCAGCAGCCGCAGCAGGAGGAGCAGGUAGCAAGCAGUUCAAGUAGCGGCGGCGGCGCCGGCGGCAGCAAUGGCCCGGGCGACAUGCGCAGUGCCACGGACGUGAUCAGACGGCUGGGCGCGUCCUCAAUGAGCAAGGAAUUGCUCCAGGUGAGAACAUACUACAAUACAUAA